AUGGCAAACGAGCGUGAAAGCAAGACGUUCCUCGCCCGCCUGUGCGAGCAGGCCGAGCGCUACGAUGAGAUGGUCACCUACAUGAAGGAGGUCGCCAAGCUCGGCGGCGAGCUCACCGUUGACGAGCGUAACCUGCUCUCGGUCGCCUACAAGAACGUGGUUGGCACCCGCCGGGCCAGCUGGCGCAUCAUCUCGUCGAUCGAGCAGAAGGAGGAGUCCAAGGGCUCCGAUAAGCAUGUCGCCACCAUCCGCGAAUACCGCCACAAGAUCGAGACCGAGCUGGAGAAGGUCUGCCAGGAUGUGCUCGAGGUGCUCGACGAGGCCCUGAUUCCCAACGCCGUGUCGGGCGAGUCCAAGGUCUUUUACCACAAGAUGAAGGGCGAUUACCACCGCUACCUGGCCGAGUUCGCCUCUGGCGAGAAGCGCAAGGUUGCCGCUACUGCUGCGCAUGAGGCGUACAAGAGCGCCACCGACGUCGCCCAGUCCGAUCUGACCCCCACCCAUCCUAUCCGCCUGGGCCUGGCGCUCAACUUCUCGGUCUUCUAUUACGAGAUCCUCAACUCGCCAGACCGCGCCUGCCACCUGGCCAAGCAGGCAUUUGACGACGCCAUCGCUGAGCUCGACUCGCUCUCGGAGGAAUCGUACCGCGACAGCACCCUCAUCAUGCAGCUGCUCCGCGACAACCUCACCCUGUGGACCUCGUCCGACAACGGCGAGCCCGAGGGCGUCGCCGCCGAGGCCGCCAAGGAGGAGAAGCCCGUUGAGGAGAAGACCGACGGCAAGGCCGACGAGCCUGCGCCCGAGCAAGUGUAA